AUGUUUGACGACGUCGCCGACGUCGUGCGCGCAUACCGCGCGGGCGAGUUCGUGAUUGUGCUGGACGACGAGGACCGCGAGAAUGAGGGCGAUCUCUUGAUCGCCGCAAGCAAAGUCACGACGGAACAAAUGGCGUUCCUCGUCCGCCACACGAGUGGCUUUGUGUGCAUUGCCCUGACACCCGAGCGCCUGAACGAGCUCGAGCUCCCGCUCAUGGUGCCGCAGAAUCAGGAGAAAUACAAGACGGCCUACACGGUCACCGUCGACUACCGCCACCACACAACGACCGGCAUCUCAGCGCACGAUCGCGCGCUGACAUCGCGCAUGCUCGCCGAUCCAGCGCUCGGCGCCCAGCGCGACGACUUUACGCGCCCCGGGCACAUGAACCCCCUACGAUACACGCCAGGCGGCAUCCAAGUCCGCCGCGGCCACACCGAGACCGCCGUCGAUCUGUGCAUCGCCGCAGGCCUACCGCCCGCCGGCUUGCUGUGCGAGCUCGUCGAUCCUCACGACCCACACGGCGGCAUCGCCUCUCGCGACGCAUGCAUCGCCUUUGCGCGCGAGCACGGCAUCCGCGUCACGACGAUCGAGGCACUGCGUGCGUGGCAACAAGAGCCAAAGCGGGUCUAG